UCCCGCCCGAGCCAGAAGGAUGGGCAGCAGCAGGUUCCCCUUGGAGGUGAAGACCCUGGGCUUGCUGAAGCAUGGCAGGCAGCAGACCUGCCUGCUUUCUGUGACCUGGUCUGACCAAAAUCAGGUUCUCAUUUACAGGACAUUUGAAGAAUUUAAGACCCUCCACAAAGGACUGAAGAGAAAAUUCCCCAUUGAGAGUGGUUUAUUGAAAAAAUCCGAUCGGACUCUCCCAAGAUUUCGAGAUGCAAAUGCAAUGCUGAGGAAGAAUCAGAAGUUGAGCAGGUGCAUGGAGAGUCUGAGGCUGCUGGAGGUUUAUUGCCAGGAGUUGUUGAAGACUCAAGCCAAAAUCUCCCAAGGAGAAGAUGUGAUUAAGUUUCUUGAAGCCCAGAGCCAGGAUCUGGAGCCUUCCUUUCCAGAAAACAGCAUCAUUAUUUUGCCUUCUGAAAUGGGAGAGAGGAAGAAAGAGGCACCCAGGAUAUCCAGCCUGACCAUCACACAGCCGGUCGUCUCCCAGAUUUACCAGUGUGUUGCACCCUUCAGAACUAAAGACACCCAGAACAAGCCCUUUGAAGCCACCGCGGCAGAAAAGCUUGAAGUGCUGAUGAAGGACAGGACGGGGUGGUGGCUGGUGGAAAACAACCGGAAGCAAAUAGCCUGGUUCCCAGCUCCGUACCUAGAGGACAGCAAAGAAGUGUCUGAUGCGGAGGAGGAAAACAACGAGGACGGGAUGCUGUAUUAUGUCACCCAAGCUUACAGAGCCAAGGAACCAGAUGAACUCUCCAUCAAGACUGGGAUUGUGGUAGAAGUGCUUGAGAAAUCAGACAACGGCUGGUGGCUUGUUUGCCGUACAGAAACCCCCAUAGCAAAUUCCUGGGUCUCACCUCUCACUCCUUGUGCAGCUCCCUGCCAAACCUCACUGAAGCCCCUGGUCUCAGCAGCAAGAAUGUCGUAGCCCAGCAAAAGGGGAACCAGGUUUAUCUGAACCGGAAGACGAUGCAAAGCAAAGACACGGGCUCACUCGAAGGCAAAGGGAUUCGUUCUCUGAAUACAGUUGCCACCACAGGAGGUUCCAG